CCUCACCAUUUCACCUAUUUCACUCAAAAGACAAUAUUUUUUUUCUUCAGGUUAUCAUUGAUACGCCAUUGGCUCUAAACCUUUUGUUAUCCUAUUUUUGCUAGCAAAGCAUUCAUUUCCCUGAACAAAUACUCCUGCAUUGGCACCAUCCGACGAAAUAUCCCCAUCUGAUCCCGCCUAUGAAGAUCGUAUGAUGCAGGACUAGUUAGUUGAUAUUUCCUUUGUGCUACGUACAACAUCUUGGAGCACAAGCAGCUCAUUCCUAUCGCCGAGUCGCUAUUGGAAGACGCUACAGCAAGGAAGUACACAAAUUGUUGGUGGAGCACUACCCAAAGACAAUAUUGCAUCUUUCGGACCAGUUCCGAUAUCAAUUGUUCCCAACUAUAUCAACCCCAUUCAACUUCUACCACAACAACAAUAGGUGCUUGUUCUGAGAGAAUGACGUCCUGGGUCCUAUAAAUAAAGCUUCAAGCAGCCUUCGAUCAUGAAUGCGAAUAUAGAUUCUUGAUUUCCCAUUAACAGCCCAGGCAUUACUCGCGCAUGCGUCUCAUCCAUUGCGACCAUACUGCCUGGAAGAAACAGUCCGAGCUUAUAUCAUAAUCAGUCUCUACUAGUCACUAUUCCUUCAUAUCCCAUACUUCGGAACAAUAUACCAUGCAGAGCUCCCAGGUCAACGGUGGUCAGCUUGAGGACCACCUACGGAGCCUCAUUCUCAACAAUACUGGUCAACCAACCCCGCAUCCUUUCCAGGUCCCUGUCGCACCUACACCAAUUGAAGGUAGAUCUCUAGUGGACCAACCAAUACCUAAGAGAGAGGAACAGCAGAAUACUACACAUCCCUCGGUCCCGGCGCAAACUACACCAAAGGGUAGUAGGAAACGACCAAACCAAGCUCAGCGUCGUCAGAUGCAGGCGGAUUUAUCUAUACCCAUCGACACGAGAGGACCAGCACCACAUGACAGCAGGAGAUCUUACGCGGGACCGCAUCAAAACCGGAACCAACGCGCUAUAUGGCCCAACGCCGGACAGGCCGCGUUUACCCCCAACGCCGACGCCCAUAAUGGAGGAUUUCAAAAUCGCCCUAAUGCAACAAAUAACCCUCCUAUCACAAUCCAACAACGUCAGCGAGGUGAAUUUAGUCAGGGACCAAACCAUCAGCAUUCUUGGAGAAACCAGCAACCGCAUGCACCCGACACUUUCUCCAAAGGCGUGAACGUCGUGUCUGCCGACGCAUUCCCAUCCCGCGGUCGUCGCCCCUCACAGGCCACCCUUUACAACCCCAGCGGACAACGCCAAUUUACUUUCGGUUCGGAACAACUGAUAAAUCAGUCCAGACUUCUUGACGAUCUUUGUCAUUCCGUAGUAUCGGGUGCCGAAAUUGCGCCUGGCGAAAUUGCUGAGAAGGAAAACUUUCGUAAUCAAGUAGAGGCAAUUUGCCGCGAUAUCAUUAGUCACCACGAAAUUGAAGUAAAUGGAACACCUGGAUUCCAACCUUUUACAAUCCAACUCAAAUGCUUUGGAAGUCUUUCUUCAGGGUUUGCAACAAAGGCUGCUGAUAUGGACCUAGGCCUCCUCUCUCCCAUGUCACGGCUGCCUCCAGACUCGUCCGAUUCGCCCAUUCCCCGUCUAAUUGAGAAAGCAUUGCUCGAACGCGGCUUUGGAGCACGACUUCUCACGCGCACACGAGUGCCAAUCAUCAAGCUAUGCGAAAAGCCUGGCGAGAAACUCCAUUCGGAUUUACUAGAGGCGCGAGCUAAAUGGGAUAAGGGAUUGGCAGAUGACGGUCACGGAGUGGUGAACGAUGUCAUAGACGAUCAAGAUAUCCCGGAAGGUCCCGCCGCCACCACCAGCGAGGCGGACGGGACGUUAUCAACCCACGAACGCAAAGAUUCCCACCAACCAAAUGAUCUAGCGGGUAUGACGUAUGAGGAACAGCUUGCUUCACUGAAACAAUCAGAGACCCAACAUCUAUUGGCUUAUUACAACAACGCAAAACGACUACUGCGCCGAUUGAAUGGCCGUGAUAUCACCAUCUCGAACGCCGCAGACUUCAGCAUCGCGGAUUUCAAGCUUCUCGAUGAUAUCACAAACGCUUUCAUCAACGGUUUAUAUGACGACAGCCUUAAAACCCGAGUACAAUCAUAUCCAUCAUUUCGUUCCGCCAAUCUGCCAGAAUCCCCUAAUCUCCGAUCACUCUUAGGUGCCUUCAUGAUAGUAGAAGGCGAGACCCUUGUUGUUGCUUGGGAAACACAGGAGAUACCACAAGGGAGUCCGAAAUUGAGGCAAAACUCCGAGAGUAUUAUUGGCGCUUGGAAAUCUCUUCUGAAACAGAGAGCGUUCGGCGGAGACCCUCUUAUGUUCAAUCGUGAAAUUCAUUUAACCCUUGAACGACUUCGCCAAAUUCCAUUGAUACAGCUCACGCAACUAAAGCAAGAUCAAUACGAGUCAGCAACUCAAUAUUACACAAGGGUUUGCAGAGUCUCAGCCGAGUUAGGCCCGACUCAUCCCUCAAACGCGACCCUUUUAUCCCAGGUCAUUCAGCACUAUAUCUCGGGUAUUCGCGACAAGUAUACUAGAGAAGAGGUCCAGAACUUUGCCUCAUCGACUGGUGUUCAUACUCUCAAAAUAAUCGCCAGGAAACACAGGACAAUUCAUCUUGCUAUGGACUAUGAGAGGGCAAUCGAAAAGGGACUCUACUCGGAAGAAGAUAUUCCAGUUAUUCAACAAUACGUGAAGAUCCUCCGUGAAGGUUUCACCCGGCGUGUAUUACGGAGCAGCAAGCGCAUAGAUAACGCAUUUGAUUACAUUGCCCUGGUCGAUGAGGACAACACCGCAAUCAUUGAAAGGAUCAGACAGCUCCCGGAUCCCUCUCGACUGUCCCCGAAUCUACCAAGGGAUCGUUACCACGAUAGCCUAGAGUUCCCCAAGAAUGGAAUUGGCGUCCAGUGCGAUAUUAACUUUUCGGCGCACUUAGCGCUUCAGAAUACCCUACUUCUACGAUGCUAUUCUUACACAGAUACCCGCGUUAGACCGACGGUCCUCUUCGUGAAGCACUGGGCUAAAGCGCGUGGUAUCAAUACGCCUUAUCGUGGGACUUUGAGUAGCUACGGUUACGUUCUCAUGGUCUUACACUAUUUAGUCAAUAUAGUAGAGCCGUUUGUAUGCCCUAAUCUUCAGCACCUGGCUCCUCCAGACCCCGACCUUCCAGCUGAGGCUCUCGAAGGCGUUACUGUAUGUAAAGGGCGCAACGUUCGUUUUUGGAGAGACGAGCAAGAGAUUCAGAGAUUAGCCAGUCAAGGCCACCUCAAUCAGAACCGAGAGUCAAUUGGGUCGCUCUUGAGGGGUUUCUUUGAAUAUUAUGCGCAAAGCUAUACGAUGAGCACUAGUCACGCACGUGGCUUUGACUGGGGCCGAGAUGUACUAAGUUUGCGAUCGCCUGGAGGGUUGAUCUUGAAGCAAGAGAAGGGAUGGACGGGCGCGAAGACAGUCAUGCAAUUAGAGACAGGCGCCCCUCCUAAUCCAGCAGAAGCCGGGGUCAAUGGUGGAGUAAAGUCACCUACAGACGGUGUUAUAGGGCAACCAGGCUCAGGCCAGACACAGUUAGCGCGAGCGAAUGGAGCUCCCACGGCGUCGACGAGGCCGAAAGAACUCAAGGAGGUACGCCACCGCUAUCUUUUCGCGAUUGAGGAUCCAUUCGAACUCGAGCACAAUGUUGCUCGAACUGUAACACAUAACGGCAUUGUGUCCAUCCGAGACGAGUUCCGGCGAGCCUGGAGGAUCAUCAAGCAGGCUGGCAAGAAUGGCCAGGUGACGGAGAACCUCUUGGAAGAUGUUCAGGCGGAAAGCAAGAAAGCAGAGAUUCAAGAAUUCGCAGAAUUGCUAGCUGACAUACAUGGACCAUAGUAUGCGUCGUCCUGGAUUCACAGCUACCUGUAACUGUACCAUUUAGUGUAUUUGGACCUGGAUUACUCUCAAUCGCCAGGGCUUGUACGAGUAACGAUGUCUAAGGGUGGAUGCGUAAUGAGGAAAGGCAGGGAAGGCGUGGUGGUUGUCACUUACUGGUUACCAUCCGGCUUACUAGUAAGGAGACUAAUUGGCUUCGUGGCUUUGAUGUAGUACUAAUACCUACCUACUUAAUAAUAAUGGCGUUCAGCCAACUCUCGACUGUUUGCUGUGAUCUUUA